UCUCGUUUUGGAGAAAUAGGGUAUUACCCGAAGCAUGGGGAUUUCUUUGCCUUAUUGUUUUCCAAAACUCGUUUUCUUAUUUGUAUGUUUGUUUGAUUUAUCUGAAGAAUUUGUAAAUGUUUGAAUGAAGGUUUGGUAAAAGCGUAUAUUUUUAUACCAAUAGAAAAUCAAGAUGAUGGGUGGAAAUAUAGUUUCAUCUUAUGCUUAUAUUAUAUAUUGUUUAAACUUCUUGAAAGCUUCUAUUUAUUUCGGUAUGGUUUUGUCUCCCCUGGUUUUGUCGUAUACAAACUCUAAACUUGGGAUUUACAUUCAAAUCUUCUAGGCCUCAAUUACCAUUCUGGUAAUCUUCUUUUUUCUCAAUAAUACAUCUUAUUGAGCCCUAAACUUACUAUGUGACAAUUUUUUUUAAUCUCAUGUUCAAUUUUCACUAGAUUCAUUGAAUUUUCUAGAAAAUUUGAGUAAAUGUUUCUCAGCUCGAAAUUUAUUUCGUGAAUAAAUCUAAUUGGCAAUCAAAUCGUAAAUUAACUAGUUCAAACAUAUCUCCAACCAAUAGGUUAAAUCAAAUCUCCAACUAGUUUUCAACUAAAGAGGUUUGAACUUUAAAUAUUUUCAACUGACCAUCUUCAAUAGCAAAUUUUUGAAAAUAAUGGUCUUUCUAGUGUCGGUUGUAUUUUGAAGCUUAAUUAACAUAUAUUUUUUCAAGCAACAAAGUUGCGUUCACCUCCUAAUCUCGAACUAUUGCCUAUGGUACUGAGAAAAUUAACGAACCCCUAAAUUAGUGUUGAUAUAAUUGUAAAUCAAGCGUCCCCAAGGCCACCGUACGUGGCUCAGGCAAACCGUCUUGAAACCGACUUUGAUUCUGUUGAUGCUGUAAUUGUAAAAAGAAGAUUGCUGAGGAUUGAGAACUGGAACUUUUGCUCAGUAAAGUUGCUGCCCGUCACCAUGACUGAAUCCAAUCUUCCCAGCGAUCCUUCUCCUUCUCAGCCUAAAAUGUCGAAUGAAGUCGGUACCGGUGCCCCGAAGUCCGAGUUCACAGGCCACAAGGUUCGGUUUCCGAACCCACCGGAGAUCCAAAAUCCCGACCCUGCAACUCUUCGAGAUCAAUGGAGAUUUGCCAUUAAACAGUACAGUAAAUGGUACUCACACGCUUGGGGUACUGCUAUACUUGCUGGAAUCUCCUUCUUCGCUCUCGGUUGGGUUAUUAAAGGCUCCAAUCCUCUUCCCUCUCGCCAGGAUGAUUCCAAUUCGCCUUCCUCCUCUGCUUCCACUAGCGCACCUGAAGCUCGCCCUUGAAUUUCUGACUUUGGAUUUUGAAAAAUAAACCCAUCUUUGCUCACUGGCACUGGAUCGAUGACUUGUGCUUGGAGUUUGGACGUUUUUAAUCUUCAGAAAGCUUCGGUACUGAACCGUCAUCAUUCUGCAAGUAUGCGUCUUGCUUUCAAUUUUCAUAGUUUUCAUUUUACCAUUUUGUAAAGUUAACCUUUUUGACACACGGUUGGAUAGGAAGUGUGAAGUUAAUAUAUGGUUGGACAUUUUUAUUUUGUAAUUGUUUACAUUACAUAAUAUUGGUUACCAGUUUAAG